AUGCCUACUCCUCUCACACUCUCACAACGUGACGUUGAGCGUACCAUACAACGAAUAAAGCUGUCAAAGAUUUCACAUUUGAGAAGCCUUUGUAAACUUUUGGCACUAGGUUUUGGAGGUACAAAAGAUGAGCUUAUUAAAAGAGCUUUGCUAAACCUUGAGGAACUGAAAAAUGUUGAUGAAGGGGUACGACUUGCAGCUAUAAAUGAAUUAAUGAGAAGAAUUGAGGAAAACGAGCAGUUAAUCACUUAUAAUGAAUUGUACAACUACUACAAAAGUAUAGGUAUUUCACGCGCUGGUACCCCGGUGUCCUCUUUGGAGGGUGGAUUACAUCUUCAGGACUCACACCCGGUAAAGGAUCAUCACAUCAACUUUGUUCAAAGUCCAUUUUUUGAAUUAAUGAAGCCAGUUCAUGUUUCACCACAAGCGUGUCGACCGAAGAAGAAGAGAACCGAAUUGAAUAUUCAGUUUAUGUUUAAUGCUGUGGAACAUAGAUUAUUGAAAAAAGAAGACCCUAGUAUACGAAUUUACUUACUUUGUGGUCGAAAGAUGACUGAUGGACGAACAUCCGAUAACAUCAAGAUAGAGUACCCAAGUCCGCAUUAUCUAACGGUGAAUAAUGAACAAUUAGACAACAGAAAGUAUGGGGGCCUUGUAAAUAAACCGGGAACAGCGAAACCAGUUGAUUUGACGGAAUAUUUACUUGGCCCUCCUGAGUUGAACAAAAUUCGCAUAAGUUAUAUGGAUGACACCUACACUUACUAUGUUUAUUUAUACUUCGUGAAAAUAAUACCUUUUGAAACUGUUAUUCAAGAGAUUCUUGACCAUCCCAAAAUUCCCAAACAACAGGCAAUUGAGAUCAUUAAGAAAAACGUAGAGGACUUGAGUCGAGAUGACAUUGAAAUGAAGGAUAUCUUAUUAACUUUGAGGGAUUCAUACACUUAUGCCAAAAUCAAUAUUCCCAUCAAAACGAAAAACUGCAAACAUCUCGAAUGUUUUGAUUUGAGAUAUUUCAUGAUUCAGCAGUACGAGUCACCAACUUGGGAGUGUCCGCGCUGCUCAGAACCGCUCGAUGUUUCUGAUUUGGCAGUUUGUGAAUAUGCUGAAGAAAUCGUCAAUACUAUAACCGAAGACGUUGAUUAUGUAAGGAUAACAAGAAAUGGCUCAUGGUGCCCAUAUGACGAGAAAGAGGAAUUAGCGUUGAAAGCAAAACCAGAACAACCAAACCAAGAGGUGAAAGCAGCGGAGACUGAAGUCAAGGUGAAGUUAGAGUCCGGUGUUGAGGUCAAUGGUAGACACGAUGUAGUGAUCGUAUUGAGUGAUGAGGAUGAUGAUGAUGAUGACGAAGAAGAAGAAGAAGAACGGCCAACGGCUGUUACUAUAGUUGAAGAAGUUAAUGACUAUAUUGAAACCAAGCUUCUGUUGGACGAAGUUUCAAACAAGAUCAAAGUUGAAGGUAAAGCUCGAGAAAUAAUUGAUGCCCGCAAGAAUAUCAAUCAACAAAUUGAUGAAAGUAGAACUGAAGGUUUGGCAGUGAUGCAAAAUCAACCCGAUGUACCGUGUGUCCACCUUCAUCAACAUCAACAACAACAGCCACAAUCGUUGCAGCUACAGGCCCCUCGGCAAUUUUUUGCUAAGUCAGGUAAUGGCACACCCUUGUUUGAGGUACUGAAGAUGCAGAAUUCACCCCCUGUGCAUGUGGUACCUCUACCAGGGACCCAAGUUCGUACAACAUCAACUCCAUUAGCCAGUGGCUCCAUAAAUAUUGGAACUGAUGAGACAAGCUUUCUUAACAACAACCCGUUAGAUCACGACGCUUUAGUUUCUACGGAAGUUUCCAAUUCCGGGGCGACCACGGGCCAAAUUCAUGCAAUUCUUUCAAAUCAUUCUCGUGCCCAAAAUGAGAGCAAGAUGAUGCAACUAAGAAAUAAUAAACAGCAAGACUUUGUCCAGAGUGGUAAUAGGCGAAACGUAUUAACUUCAGAUCAACAAAACAUGCAGCAAAAUAUUCAAGUGUUGACACAGCAGCAGCAGCAACAACAACAGCCAUCAAUAUCGCUGCAGCCACUACCUCAGGAGGCAUUUGCGCAACACCCCCAUCAACAUCAGCAUCAAUCGACAGCACUGAACUUCUUCCAAAUGAGUCGUUCAAUAGCGCAAGCGCGAUUGCAGGUUCAACAAUCGCAUGCACAAAAUUCAUCAAAUGUAGAAAACAAGCAUUCCAUCCCUCAAGUGAUAGAAGUUAGACACUUGCGAGUAUCUGGUACACAGCGGAUUCCUCAAAAUGGAACGACUUAUCCGCAAAACGUCCCUGAAAUAAACAAUCUGAUAUUGUCACGAACUCCUACAGUUAAUACCCACAGUGUACAUCAUUUUGCGCCUUCUUCACCCAAAGAUCAUAAUACUAAGGUUGGAAACGAAGGAAUAUCGCAAAAGGAGCAGAAAAUCGGGAAAUACCAGACUGCGCGAGAAACACAUCACGAUGAAAAUGUUGGACUAACGAGCAACGACAGACGUCAUAAACAUGAAAACGAAAUCGACGAUGCAACGGAUCAAUCUUUGAAGAGCUUAGGCUUGCUUCCAAAUCGAGACUACAAUGGUAGCACAAAAAGUAAAGCACUGAGCACGAAUAGGUCAUUGAAGAAUGGCCAUUUCAUACAUGAAGGCAAUAUCUCUGUUGAAAUGAUGAAAAGAAGUGUAGGAAAGAUUAGCAACGAUUCGACUUCCGAACCACAGUUUAAUCCAACUGGCAAAACUAGCACGUCAGCCGGUAACGCUAAGUCAAAAGACACUUUUCUCAAGCAUCGGGUUGACGUGAUCGGACAAUCAUCUUUCCCCGAUGGGCCACAAGCAAUCCAACAUAUAUCGGCUAAUGGUGCUGAAAUUAAAGAAUUUAUCACUAGGGACAAUACCAAUAUUUUCAACACCAACCAUGGACAACAGUCAAGUCACAAUACAAUUAAAGUGCCAUUUACUAAAAUACCACCAGCCGUGGAUUCGAAAUCCAGCACUUCAAAACAACCUCAAUCAGCCCAUGACAAAAUGCAGAAACAAUAUUCUGCACUUUUUAUACGCUCGCGCAGACCACAUCCUGCAAUGAGAAUGUCUUCUGAGAAGAGUGUAGAUCAGGCGAAGGAACAUAAACGUGUAGUGGGUGAUCAAGUGGGGGUGAAGACGGUGGCUGCAAAGUCUUUGCUUAAUGAGUAUUUAAGGGACUUAAAUCCACCGAUUGGGGCUAUUGAGACUGAAUCGCACGAUUCAGUAACUGGAGAGUCAAUUAAUAAUGGAGAUGCAGACAUUGGUAAUUUAUAUGUUGAGGACGAAGAAGGGUUAUCAGCAGAAACGGACAGAGUAAAUAACGAUCCAGAGUACCCCAUGAGCCCAAACCUCGAGACCAGUAUGCUCUGCACAGAGGCUGUCUUUGAUAACACACGGCCAUUCCACUCGUCUACUACCACUCCAGUUUAA